CUGGUUCCGGUCGUAGUCUUCUCCAUUCUUGACAGUUUGUGGGAAGCCCAUGAGACCCGUUAUAAGUGACCUAGGGCCACCCCUUAUUCCAUCGUGUCAGGCAUGCCGUCUUCGUUCGCUGCGGAAGCAGCCCUAGCUCUACCAUCAUUAGGUUCAACUCUGGGCGUAAUGUCCGUUGGUGUAACCAUAGCUUUAAUAUUAUAUGGAACGGCGAAUCUCCAAACAAUUAUAUAUUUCAAAGAAUAUCCGAACGACUGGUGGUUCUAUCGCCUUUCAGUUGCGACGAUCUGGGUGCUCGAUACUUUGCAUGUUGCCUUCAGCACGCACGCCUUAUACUAUUAUACAAUCAAUUCGUUCGGAGAUUACCUCGCGCUCUUAAAUUUCGUGUGGAGCUUCAAGUUAAGCUUGGUGCUCUACAACAUGAUUGUCUUCUGUGUCCAUAUCAUAUACUGUGUACGGUUAUGGAUGCUAGGGCGUUAUUUCCAUCGUGCGGUACCAUGGUUUAUCACAUUCAUUGUAGCUUGUAUCUGCGCCGCUUCGAUUGUUUUCUGCCAUGACGUGUAUACGAUAUCGUAUAUCAUUGAAAUUGACAAAAUUUCUGCAACGAUCGAGGGAGGACUUAUCAUAACAGCAACCGUGGACAUGAUCAUUUCUUUCGCACUGUGCUACUACAUUCUCAAGGCACGAACAUUUGUGGGCGUCUCCAGUAUGAACCUCAAACUCGUUGCCUUGAUGUGGUUUAUCCUAAUUUCUGGACUCGGUACAAGUGCACUGGUCUUGGCUUCUCUAAUCACGUUUCUUGCCUUUCCCAGAACGCUCAUUUUCAUGUCAAUCGGAAUCGUUGUACCCAAACUAUACAUUAAUUCUUUAUUGGCUAUGUUCAACACACGAGAACGAAGCCGUCGACAGGAACCUUUUGGUUCUGUCUCCUUACCUACGUUCAGGGUCCAAGGCGAAGAAAACAUGACCGGCACUGUACCGCUGUCCAUUAUCAGUGGCGCUCAAACAUGCGAUGAAUCGAUUCUUGACAUCUCCAAAUCGGAACAUCAUUUUUAUACUCGUUCCGAGUCCGAUUGAUAAAGAGCUUCAGAAUCCAAGGAAAGUAAAACUAAGGACAUGUAUUAUCUCAGUUACUUGUUUGUAAAUCCCGAUGGCG